AUGUUGAACAACACCGAGGAAGAUCAAAAGCCGUGUGGGAGAACGUCGUCCACCGAACCACCAACUGCUAGUGCAAGUGUGGGUCCCAAGGCACGUGCUUUGAGACGAGUGACCCCAGAUACCUACCAUAUUGUCUAUCGCUCUGUUUCUCAACAGUAA